ACUAUCUGGUGCAAAUUUUAGUAUUUUUAGCCAAAUACUUUCUUUACGCAUGUGCAUGUGCCUUUGGUGCCUUUUUGCCAAAGGCAUUAGAUGUCGAAUUCCUCUAUUCUUUUUCUUCUUCUUUUUUACCCAGUUGACAUUACCCAAAUCACUUGGCUCUUCCCAUAUUAGAAAAGGCAAAAACAUUGUAGAAAAUCUUUCUCACGCACAGUGGGAGAAACACAAUAUUUCUUCAAUUAGUAUUUUUGCUCUAUGUGUAUCAUGCACAAUUAUGUGGCCUGUUAUGUAAUCCUUGAACUAGCAUUCAGGUAGUAGAAAACUUCUCUGCAUGUAUUUUCUUCAGAAAGACCAUGGUAGUAUGUCUUCAUUUUCACUUCUGCGUGUAAUUUUCUUAAAGCUUUAUAUUGUUCAGGUGUUUUCAGCUUUUGGGUUUGUCCAUAAAAUUACUACAUUUGAAAAGACAGCUGGAUUUCAGGCUUUGGUGCAAUUUUCUGAUGCAGUAACUGCUACUUCUGCAAAGGAUGCUCUUGAUGGAAGAAGCAUUCCAAGCUAUUUAAUUCCAGAUCUCGGACCAUGUUCACUUAAAAUUACAUAUUCUGCACACACUGAUUUGACUGUAAAGUUUCAGAGUCAUCGUAGCAGGGACUACACCAAUCCUAAUCUUCCUGUUGCUCCUUCAGCUAUGGAUGUUAACACUCAAUUCAUCGUGGGUUUAGAUGGAAAGAAACUAGAACCUGAGAGCAAUGUUCUUCUUGCUUCUAUUGAGAACAUGCAAUAUGCAGUCACCUUAGAUGUCUUGCAUACGGUUUUUGCAGCAUUCGGGCCUAUCUUAAAGAUUGCCAUGUUUGAUAAGCUCGGGGGCCUGCAGGCUUUGAUCCAAUAUCCUGAUGUGCAGACAGCUGUUGCUGCAAAGGAGGCCUUGGAAGGACAUAGCAUAUAUGAAGGAGGUUAUUGCAAACUGCAUAUUACUUACUCCCGGCACACUGAUCUUAGUAUAAAGAUAAACAAUGACAGAGGCAGGGAUUAUACAAUUCCGAAUGCGUCUUUGCUGCUGAAUGCUCAACCCUCAAUUCUAGGGCAACAGCCACCGCAGUUCGGAGGUCAAUAUGCCCCCCAAUUCUUUGAUGGUCAAACACCAACGCUGCCACCUCAGCAGCCUUCGGUGUCUUGGAACUCCUCCAAUAUUGUAGGAGGGCAUCCGCCACCAACGCACAUGUCCAUGCAGAUGCCUAAUCCUCCUCCAUACCCCAUGCCCCAUGCAAGUAAUGCUCAUCAAAUGUACGACCAAAGUGGGCCGCCACACACAGCCGCCAUGCCCCCACCAGACCAGCCAAGAUAGCGCUUGUCGAAGAGGAAUAGGAGAAACCUCUACUCUUAAACGGUCGUAGGACAUUUGAACUUAUUUGUGUUUGUGGCCUUAAUUCUGAUGUCUUCUUGUCAUAGAGGCUCACAAUGUCAUGUUUGUACACAGCUUUUUAUAUUGUGGCGAGUUUAAGAAAGUGGACAAGUUUCAUCUAGUAUUUUUGUAUCAUUUUCAGAAGACUGUCUAAACAUGGGAUUAUUGAUAUCAU